UGACACUCAGUUCAAUUGGCUUGUUUACUGUUUUGCUUAUCACCAAGCCUCAAUGGAGAGCAUGCUUGGUGCUGCGGAUCAGGCAUAUCGGGUCUACCUUGCUCGACGGAGUAGUACCAAUCAACGAAUCUUGGACGCUGGAAUUUCAGCCACUGAUAAUAUCGAACAGGUCCUAGCUGAAAAGGAGCACAAGCAAAAGCAGCUGGCAGCGGCGAUUUCCAUUGAGGACGAUUUUCAGAAAAAGGCGUUUGCUGAACUUCAGUCCAGAUGUGAUUCUCAAGCACAACAGUUGCAUCAAGACAUCGGGCUUGUGGAAGAAGAGUUGUUGCGCUUAACCAAAGUUGAAUUGGAACGCAAGUCAAGAAGUGCUGAAUUGAAUCUGCAGUGUUUGGCGGAACGUCGAUCAGACCUGGUUCAGUUGUUGGCUCGACUAAGUUUGGAGCAAAGCAGACGACAGCAAGAAUUGCGAGAUCGUUUGGCUGAAAUGGAGGAUCGACGUGUGGCUGAUCAAAGAGAUUAUUGGCUUAUUCAAUAUCAAAAGCUUUUGGAUCAUUUGUCUUCGGAAUCCCCAGCUGAGCUGGACUCGGAUGUCUAUGAGGUGUUGGUGGCUUCCGCCGGUCUGCAUUACGUACCCAAUUUUCGAUACCAUCGAAUAAAUUUCUCCGCACUGUGCUCAAUGACGGAUGAAGAUCUACAGAGGGUAUAUCACUUAACGAUUCAUUCCCCAGUAAUCUGCCAUUUGGAGCUACCAGUGGCGUGUUUCUCCUCCGUAUUUUCGGUUAACUGGUUUUGUUUGGUGAGAUUCUCCUAA